AUCUCAAGUAUGUUUGAUAUUGAUGAAAAAUAAUAUCACUAACAAUAAAUUGACUUAGAACAGAACAAGCAUUGAUUUGUCGUUUUAUGGAAACACUUCAGCCGCUAAAUAAAAUUGUUCCAUCUUUUUUAUAAGUUGGAUAAAGGUCAAAUCGGAUAUAGACGUUCAAAGGGAUCCGUUCCAUUUUUAUUGAUCGGAUAGAAUUUAUAAAUGGCUAGUUUGACUGUCGAAGCGCUAAAGCAGCAUCAGAACGAUGAUAUUCCUAAAACGCAUAAAUUGUCCACAGCGCACAGAGACGGAAGUGACGGGAUCGGACCUUCAAUUAGUGGUCCAAGUCUUAGGCGUUACUCAAGGUUGGAACCACGACCAAGUGUACAAUAUGGCGCUUCAGGAAGACGCAUGUCUCAGGUUUCUAGAACGAGUAUCUCAGGAACUUCAUUAGGCGCCAAACUUGUGAUACCAGUCAAAAUACAAAACACGUAUAGACUAGAACCUCAACAAACGGAGAAAUUUAACGCAGAAUCGGUUCAAAAAAUGAUGACUGGAGUCUUAUCAUCUUAUUUAGACGGCGAAGUGUACGAUCAGAAAUUGUGUGCGAAACAUUCUCAAGAAUUGUCGGAUGUAAUUAAAAAACGUGUGAAGGAAUUAGGAUUUCCUAGAUAUAAACUUGUGUGCAAUGUUAUGAUUGGUCAAAACAGUAAUCAAGGACUACAUUAUUCUAGUCGUUGUUUGUGGAAUAAAGAAACAGAUAACUACGCCGAGGCCACUUAUUCGAAAGGAUCACUGUUUGCUGUAGCGACAAUGUUUGCAACUUACUUUGAGUAAACAUCGAAGAUAGUUUAGAGAUUUGUGUUUCUAUUGACUCUAACACACACAUGUUUUAAAUGCACUUCGGUUUUGUUUGUUCAUUGCAUAACCGUAAAUUUAAGGAUAUUAUUAGGAAUUAUGGAUAAAUUGUUAAAUGAACAAAUACAAAUUGUGAUAUGCUUUUUAUUCCGUCCAAGUAUUUAAUUGCUAAUUGUGAAAAUAAUUCAGACUAUAAGUUAGUAAUAUCGACGUUUCAAAUAGUUAUUGCUGUUAAAACACUAAAAAUUGGUAUGCAUAGCAAUACAUAUUCAGUCUAAAACAUAUGUCAAUAAAUGCAUUGUUUACAAUGAUUCGACUAUUAAAUAGUUUUAUAGUU